AUGGGCGCCACGACCCUGCAGCCCCCGAAAACCGGGCAGUCUCGGUUCUCGAAAGCGCUCCCAGCACCUCCGCCGGCGCUGCCCAGUUUCGAGUUCGAGUCGGGCCUGGGUCUCGCGCCGCUGGUCUCAGAGCAGGCAUUGCCUCGCUCGCAACCUCCCCGCAACCAACUCCAUGCUCCACUGCCGCCUGUCCCGCCGCCAAAGGGUGCUGAGGUCGAUCGAGACUGGAAAAUCUCUGCCAUGAGGACGCCCGUUAUGGCUCCUGCGAUGUCUCCUGCGAUAUCAUCCCCAGCAACAGCCAAGCCGCUCAACUCGCCGCUGCCGUCGUUACCGUCGUUACCGUCGUUACCUCCCCAGCCUGCCGCAGCCGUACCUUCACGGAAGCCCAUCGCACGUCGGCCCGUUGCAGUUCCAACUCCAGUUCCCACUUCAGCUCCAGUUCCAGCUCCAGCUCCUACUCCAACCUCCGUUCCGGUUCCCAUUCCGGCUCCGUCUCGAGCGCCGGCUCGAUCUCCGGCUUCGACCCUGGCGCCAGUGGCCUCGUCCAACCCAUCCCCAGCGCUGGCAUCUCCAAAUAAUAUGCUGGCGACCUCGCCAGCAGGAUCCAUCUCGAGUCUGCUUUCGGCCUACUCCAACCACACGGCCGACUCGCCAACGUGGCGGGCAUCGGUAGACGUGCCGCAUGACAUAAUCAACUCCUAUUCGGCGGUGUCACCAAGCUUGAACGGCAGCCAGCGAAACAGCGCUUUGUCCGGAGCCUUGCCGCGCGACCUUCCACCGCUGCCAUCCGGUGAAAAUGCACAAAGGGACGACGAGACGGGUAGCCAUUAUCACCACAAUAUUCCUAAUCCGCCUGCAGGGGCGGGGCAUCCGGGGCACGCGGGGCUUCACAAAGACCGGCCGCUACCCCCGCCGCCGCCGCAGCUGCCUGUGAAAAAUGCACAGCGUGGCUCGCCGAGGCCACGAACACCCCCCGUCGUGCAGAACACGCCCCAGCAGAACACGCAGAACACGCAGCACUUGCCGCAAUCACAACAGCAGCCCUCGACACACUUUCACUCACACUCGCAGCAGUCUUCGAGUUCAACUGCAGCAACAAUAACAACGGCAGCAGCAACAGCAGCAGCAGGCACAGCAUCAACAGCCACAGCAGCAGCAGGCACAGCAUCAACAGCCACAGCAUCAGCCAAGACCGGAUCGCCGUUGGGGAACGGCUCGCCGCAGCAGCAAGGGGAGCUCUGGCGCCGACGAUCGCUCAAGGCGGAAAAAAGCUUGGUUGUUCCGGAUCUCAAGCUCGUUUCCAGCCACGGUUCCACCGCCGCGUCAGCCCCCAGCGCAUUGCAGGGCGAUCCAAAUCACGUUGGCCCUGAGAUUGACUCCUCGACCUUUGCCUCACAACCGCCUCAACCGCCUUACGACCUCUCCGCUUGGGAUAACGUUAACAAUCCCGAUCCGAGACCCAAUCCCGAUCCCGAGAGGCUUGAGCCAGCUGCCACCACUUUCACCGCCGCGACAACCAACGUUACGCCGAGAGUCCCACCGCGAAGUCCGAACGGCGGGCUGCCCGGGAGAAAUAUCCGGCCUGUGCCCAGCGAAGAAGAGACCGAGGCAAAGACCGAAACGGACGUCGUCAUGGGGCAGGAAACGUCGCGGGUUAGGGAGAAGCUGGGUGGUAAAGGAAGGUGGUCAAGCAAGGAAAAUAUGGCGGCGGCGGCUACGGCUGCGGCGAAGACAAACGGCCAAGACGAGCAGGCUAGUGACGGCGGCCAGAGCCAGAGUGGUGAGACCCCGACUCCGAUCCCGAUCCAAAACACGACGACCACCGACGCCGCCGACUCGUCUGUUGCGCCAGCUGUCGCUUCGUUGCCCGAGACAAAACCUAUCGCGCGGAAGGCGGUGAGCCCCCCUGGAAACCAAUUGCAUUCCGCCAAGAGCAGUCCAUCCCUGGUGCCCGCGCCGGCGCCAACUCAAGCACAAGCGCCAGCUGCACCGGAACUAGCACAAGCGCCGAAUACCGCGGGGUUAGGACCGGGAACUGGAACGGGAAUGGGAACGGUGGGUGUGGGUGCGCGGUCGCCCAUGGGCUUGCCGGUGUCUCCGCGGCCUGAUGGAGGAAGUCAGGGUGGAAAUGUGAACGCGAACGUGAGGCAGAACCAGUUUACAUCUCCGGCUGGUGUUGGACUGAGCCAGAUGCCCGGCCAGGAGCCGCGGUAUCGGGACUACCCUCCGACACCAUCCAACGGGAAGAACCGGCCCCCUCCGAGAGAAUACACGCCCUACUCGCCCCCGGGUAGUCUAGCGCAAGGUCCGUCGCCCAUUGCGUCGCCUCGGAGCGCAUCGCAGCAUCGCGGGUGGUCUCAGUCGCGGGGCCAGAGUCAGACUCGUGGGCAGAGUCAGAGCCGGGGUCAAAGCCAGACUCGAGGCCAGGGCCGGGGUCAGUCUCAGUCGCGGUCUCAGUCGCGCGACCCCGCCAUUCGCACAGUCUCAGAGACCGGCUCCAUCGAAACCGUCAAGCCAGGGCCGGCGCAACAGCAGCAGUUGCAGCAGCAGCAGCAGGGACAACAGGGACAACAGGGACAACAGGGACAACAACCAACCCACCAACGCUCCGUCCCCAGCCUAGUAACAGCCGCCCUGCGGGACCCCAUCGAUACCGCUGCUCCCACCAGCCCCUCAUCCCCCUCAGAACCCGAAUACACCGACAACCCGGGCGCCGCCCUCUUCCCGCGCAACUGGUUCACCCCCGCCUUCCCAACCCCACCAACGGACGAGUCCGGCGCCUACACAAACGCCGACAUCCCCGAUGCCGUUCCGCCGCAGGAACGUCACUAUAACUGCCCGACGCGCCAUCGGUAUAUGACGGCGAACCGGCAAAGGGUGAAUCCGCGGGCGUGUCGGGCGUGUGGGAGGAAGGAUCGAGAGGCGGAUGAUUGGAUUUGUGGGGGGUGUUAUGUGAAUUUGUGUGCGGGGUGCGCGGGGGCGUUGAGGAGGGGACGGGGGGAUUUGAGGGGGGUUGUGAAGAUUUGA